GGCAUGUCUUUAACAAGCAGCAAAUAAAAUUACCUGUUCUUCCCAUCUCUACGAAGCUGUUUCAUCUUCCUCUUCGCAGCAGCAGCAGCAGCAGCCUUGCCACCACCAGAAUUCUUUCAGGGCGAUUUGUUUGUGGAUGGAGGAGUGCAAUUGUCUGAGAGCUCAAUCAGUUUUUGGUGCUCAAAUCCUCUUCUAAACAGAACAUUUGAUUUAGUAGCUAUCAGUCCAUUUAUAGAAUCCUAAUUGCUUAUUUUAUACACAUGAGAACUUCGAUGAACCGCUUGAUUCGAGCAUCCCAAAAAACGUGUUUGCAUUAUUCGUCCAUUUCAUCUAAAACUUCAUUUUCACGACUGCAACGACCUCUCUGUGGCGAUAUACAGAAACCUUUCUUUAACUCUUUCUUUCAGACUCAAACUUAUUCUGAGACACCUAAAUCAGUAUUUGAAGGAAAUAUUUUGAGAAUUCUUCAAAACGAAAUCCAAUAUGAGUCUGAUUAUGCUCCUCCCAAAGAGCCUGUUACGACACUCGGCUCUUUUACCGUGGAAGAUCGUCCUGGAGAACAAUGGAUCAGAUUGAGAAGAAAAUAUGGAGAAGAGGAUAUACAAAUUGAGUCGACAAUGUUCGAUGGGAUUUGUCCUGCACCAAAAAACAGUGAUGAUGAUACCGAUGAGGAUGCAGACAGGAAUAUGCAGCUGCGAUUUAGCUCGGUAGUCAGCAUCUCAAAGGGUGAAAAUGAUAGUGUUCUUCAAUUUGUAUGCUUUGCUUGGCCGGAUCGCCUCGAAAUUCAAAAUGUGUUCCUGCUCAGGCGUGAUGGAACGGUUGUGAAACGCCACGCAGGACAAAAUUUUAAGGACUUGGAGGACCAGCUCCAGAGUUCGCUUCAGGAAUUCCUGGAGGUAAGGGGCGUAAGUGAAGAACUUGCUGUUUCCCUGCAUGAAUAUAUGAAGAACAAAGAUAAAAUCGAGCUUAUCCGAUGGAUGGGAAAUGUCAGAUCUUUUAUCGAAAAGUAGAUAAGUCUUCUUUUGUUGUAAAUGCUCUUAUACUUGUUCGUUUUUGGAGAAAUUUGUCCGAAGAAGUUUCAGCUACAAUUUUGUUUUGUUUCAUUGAUGACUCUCAACAAUGAUAUACUAGUAGUUAUAAUCUAGGUCGCAUCUGCUUCCCGUUCUUUGAUAA